AAUCACACAUCAUGGCUGUACAUAGCUUGAUCCGGAGUUUUGGGUCCCUGCUGCUUUCUUCCAGCCCUCGUGUCUCACAGAUUACCGUAUCUCCCAAGCCCGUCUGUCUUGCUUGGCAAUUCCAUGCAUACCGGGAAAUCGGCACAUCUCCUGUAUUAUCCACUUCCAAUCCGAUGUGGAAAUGCCGGAUCAAGUACACCACCAGACCCAUUGGCAUGAAAAAAACAGGAGGCCGAGAUCACACAGGUCGUAUCCGUGUGCAUGGAAUUGGAGGGGGCCAUAAGCAGCGCUACCGGAUGAUUGAUUUCCGAAGGAUGCACUAUCAAGAAGGGAAAGAGCCUAAUUCAUUUGAGGAGAAAGUGAUACAGGUCCGGUAUGAUCCAUGCAGAUCAGCUGACAUAGCUUUGGUGGCUGGAGAGAAUCGGAGACGCUGGAUCAUUGCAACAGAAAACAUGAAGGCUGGUGACAUCCUCAAAACUUCAAAGCACAUAGGCAGGAUGGCAGUCUUGGCUAAGGAGGGGGAUGCAUAUCCAGUUGGGGCUCUGCCAAUAGGAACCCUGGUCAACAACUUGGAGAGCCAUCCUGGAAAAGGAGCACAAUACAUUCGAGCUGCAGGAACCUGUGGUAUAUUACUAAGGAAGGUGAAUGGAACAGCCAUAAUACAGUUGCCCUCCAAGAGACAAAUGCAGGUGCUGGAGACUUGCAUGGCUACAGUGGGACGCGUGUCCAACGUUGACCACAAUAAGAGGAUCAUUGGGAAAGCUGGACGGAACCGGUGGUUAGGAAAGCGUCCACGAAGUGGCCGGUGGCACCGCAAAGGGGGCUGGGCAGGACGGAAGAUCAGACCACUCCCACCCAUGAAGAGCUAUGUGAACUUGCCAACAGCAGCUGCCCGCAGUUGAUUUGGGGCCGUCAUCCCUCUUGUGUCAGUGGCAUCCUAGGAUACUGUUA